AUGGUUGGCUCAAAGCGGCGCGCAACUGGAUCAAGUUCAUCUCAUGUACCUCCCAAGAGAGAGAGCCUUCACCAGCAGCCUGUGGUGAGAGACUGCUUCAUCCCACUGAACCCUGUCCGGUUCAGCCAUGCCCUGCUUGAGGAGAUGGACAAACUUUCUCCAUCAGCUCUCCAGCAACCAGAUGUGUCGGCUGUUCCAAGACGCAACCCGUUACUUUGUAAGAAGCAGAGGUCCACGGUGGCUGAGGUCAAGCGGAGACCCGAUCAACGACAGAGGGACGCAUCCAAUGCUGUUGUGAGGUCACCUGGACUGAGUGGUGCGAAGGUGCAGUGUGUUGACGAUGAUCGCUCGCAAGGAGGCAACAAAGGUAAGUGUAUUGAGGAUCAUCGCUCGCCAGAAGGCAACAAAGGUAAGACUGAGUCUCUUUCUGUUAGAGUUCGUGAUAUUAAGGGGUCAGUUCGUGGGAGUUUCCACCAAGGAGACGCUCGGUUUGAAUUUAGAGGUGUUCAGUGUAUGGCUAUUAGUCUAGUAGCUGUCGCUAAACACACCACCCACAGUGUGUUUUCAUGGCAGUCAGGUGACCUUGAUCGGGUUGUAACAUUGGGUGAUGAGUUGUAUUCUUCUCUCAGAAAGAAUAAUAAGAUCAGUGGAGGAUCUGAGUUUCUUUGUGUUCCAGAUUUACCCAAGCAGCGGGUCAUUGAUGGCGUGAGUUUUGACUUUGAAUAUGGUGAUUUUGUCACUGGUGAUGUAAAUGUGGUUAGUGGAGACCUUGUUGUGGCAGGAGUGUUGACUCCUUUAAAGCAAGGUUUGGCACAGAUUUGUGGAAAGUAUGACACUUGCUUUCUGACAUUGAAUUGCAAUACUUGUGCAAUAAUUAAGCAGAAUGGAAUGUACGCUGUGGUAGAUUCUCAUUCUCGUAAUGCAAAUGGGAUGGUUGAUGUAAAUGGAUUCAGUGUUGUUGUGGUGUACAGGUGCCUUGAUCUUGUGUUUGACCAUUUUCUCAAGUUUGCAAAUAUGAUGAACCAAACACAGAACUUUUUUGAGAUUGCAGGUGUGCGCGUUAUUCCCACUGCUCCCGUUGUCAACUCCACAUUGCUCUUUGGCUCUACUGUUACACAGACUGAGCAAGUAAUAUUUCCCAGCAAUUAUCUUCCAGAUGUUUUUAUCAGACAUGUAACAGAAAAAGAACUACAAUUUGUUCCUUUAAGGGAAAAUGUAGCACAAGCGCUGUGUACACGGUUAAAUAUUGAAUUACAAAAGGUUGAUUCAAAAUCUACCCAAGUUGGCCAUUUAGGUAAACCUUGUAAAAAUGAGAAAGUAGUUGGUGAUGGGAAUUGUUUCUUUAGAGCAGUCAGUCAGGCCGUCAGUGGUACGCAAAACUAUCAUAGGAAGGUUAGACUUGCAGUAGUGAAGCAGAUAAAAAAAAAUGCAGUCUUGUAUCAGGGUCUUCUUAGAAGUGAGUAUUCCUCUGUGGCUGAAUACUUGAGCAAUUCAAAAAUGGGUUACGUUGGUAGUUGGGCUACAGAAAUUGAGAUUCAAGCAGCUGCAGAUUAUUUAGAAAUGAGUAUAUUUACAUAUCAUCAGGAUCGCUGGAUUGAAUAUACUUGUAGUGCAACGCGGUUUUCCAAUCAGGCUCUGUAUUUACAAAAUGUAAAUGCCAACCAUUAUGAAAAUGUAGUAUGCGUUCAUCUGCCACAAAGUCACAAAUGUUAUGGCUAUUGUGAAGUAUACACAACUUCAUCAGGGUACAAUAUCAGACAACAGACUACAGCAGAGAGCAAUGUGGUUGAUUCUAAGGGUGUGACUACUGUUGAGGUAAAGCAAAGGCGUGCAAGGAAGUAUCAGGAUGAUGUUUCUCAUAGACAAAGCAAAAAGGAACGCAGUAUCCGAAAAUAUAAAGAAGAUGCCUUGCACCGACAAGAUGUAAAAGAACGCGCUAUUCGGAAAUAUAAAGAAGAUGCCUUGCACCGACAAGAUGUAAAAGAACGCGCUAUCCGGAAAUAUAAAGAAGAUGCCUUGCACCGACAAGAUGUAAAACAACGCGCUAUCCGGAAAUAUAAAGAAGAUGCCUUGCACCGACAAGAUGUAAAACAACGCGCUAUCCGGAAAUAUAAAGAAGAUGCGUUGCACCGACAAGAUGUAAAACAACGCGCUAUCCGGAAAUAUAAAGAAGAUGCGUUGCACCGACAAGAUGUAAAACAACGCGCUAUCCGGAAAUAUAAGUCUCAGGUUUUGCACAGGCAGAAUGUCAGGGCUUACAGCAAAGCUAAGUACAGUGCCAGUUUGGAGCAUCGAAAACGUGUUAGAGAAUCAAAUAGGUUGAAAAGGCAAGAAAUUAAAGAAAAAUCUGAACAGUUUGAUUUUGUCAUGAAACAAUUUCUUGAUAAAGUCAAGGACGGUCCAGAUUUUGUUUGCUGUGUUUGUCAUAGGUUGUUGUUUAAAAACCAAGUUUUAAGUUGCAAAAUAAAUGAUUACAAAACUAAAGCUAUAGCUUCAGUAGCAUUAAAGUGCAUCACUGAGGACUACUUACACCAAUGUAGUGGAGAGUGUGAUUUGCACUGUCAGUAUACAGAAACGGCAAGAGGUAAACUUUGGAUUUGUUAUUGUUGUCAUUGUAAAAUUAAUAAAGGUGAUGUUCCCCCUGAGAGUAUAAUUAAUAAUCUUGAACUUCAGCCUAUUCCAGCAGAAUUGGCUUGUUUGAAUAGUUUGGAACAACAUUUGAUUGCUUUACAUAUUCCAUUCAUGAAGAUGUUGGCAUUGCCUAAAGGUGGGCAAAAUGGAGUUCAUGGACCUGUUACUUGUGUUCCUGCCAACAUCGUGCAGACUGACAAUUUACUUCCUCGUAAUGAAAUGGAUGGUUCUUUAAUUGGAGUUAAAUUAAAGCGUAAACUAACAUAUAAAGGACAUUAUGAAUAUAAAUUUGUUGAUAGUGUGUGUGUUAGACAGGCAUUGCAAUAUCUUAAACUAAAUAAUAAGCAUUACAAAGAUAUAGAAUUUAAUAAUGCAUGGCUUAAUACAUUUUGUAAGGAAACAGAAGUGGAAAUUACAGGGAAUGAAAAUGAUGGCCGUGUAGAAAGUCUAGACAAAUCUCCAGAUUUGGCUGAAGAUGAACUGCUGCAUGACAGGCAACAACACUGUAUGUUUCAAGACACUUGUCUUAUGCCAGUGGACAUUGGUCAAGAAGUGUUAGAUCAGUAUGUUGAUAGUGUGUUAAAUGUAGCUCCAGCUGAGGGAAACAAUCCAGUCAAAUUGCUUUCAGAUAUGACUAAUGAAGCAAAGUGCUUUCCAGUAUUGUUUCCUCAGGGAGUUAACACAUUUCAUGAAAGAAGGCAGCACAAAUUAACAUUGGCACGUUAUUUUAACAACAGAAUUUUACAUGCCGAUGGUAGAUUUGCCCGAAAUGUAGAAUACAUAUUUUAUGCUCAGUAUAUGUCAGAAUUACAACAAGUUAUUUCAAAUGUGUCAAUAGCAUUAAGAAAAGGAAAAGGACGGCAAUGUUUCCAACAAGUCGAUGUUAACAUUUUAAAUGAUGAUGCAUUUUUUAAAAAUCUGUUGGAGUUUGACAAUGGUUAUCGUUUUCUUAAACCUAUUAGAGGGACUCCAGCAUUCUGGCAGGCAGCACAGAGUGAUUUGUUGGCUUGUGUUCGACAGCUCGGAGUUCCUACUUGGUUUUGUUCAUUUUCCUCUGCUGAUAUGCGUUGGCAAAAUCUUCUGUGUAGCAUUUUAAUGCAGGAAGGUCGAACAGAAACACUGGAACAGUUGGAGUGGGCUGACAGGUGUGAACUUUUGCGACACAAUCCUGUCACUGCCGCAAGAAUGUUUGACUUCCGUUGGCAUUGCUUCUUAAGGGAGGUUCUCAUGUCUCCUGCAGAACCUAUCGGUAAAAUUAAAGACUACUUUUACCGCGUAGAAUUUCAACAGCGUGGUUCUCCUCAUGUUCAUUGUUUGUUCUGGAUAGAAAAUGCCCCACUGAUUGAUAAAAACACUGAUGAAGAAGUUGUGGCAUUUAUUGACAAGUAUGUCACUUGUGAGCUGCCAACACAAGACAAAGAGUUACUUGACAUUGUAACAAAUGUACAGCAACAUUCAAAACGACAUUCAAAAACUUGUCAAAAGAAAAACAAAGUUUGUCGUUUUAAUUUUCCCAGACCACCAUCAUGCAGAACAUUUAUAUGCCAUGAGAAAAGUGUAGAAAAUCUGGAAAUGUGCAUGUGUCAGGUUGAAAAGACAGAUGACAAGACUCCCUGUGAUUGUAAAAAAGACAAAGUUUCCAAAGAGCAAGCAGCAACAAUCCUGGCCUCAGUAAAAAAUACCCUUUCCGAUGAGACCAAAACCUUCGAGAGUCUGGAGCAUUUGUUUCAAAGUGUAAAAAUCACUCAAAAAGCUUUUGAAGAGGCCUAUAAAUCCUGUGCUCGAGGCACACAAAUAGUAAUGAAAAGAGAGAUUAAUGAAGUUUGGAUCAAUCAGUAUAGCAAGCCACUUUUAAAGUGCUGGAAUGCAAACAUGGACAUCCAGUUUGUCGCAGAUGCAUAUGCAUGCGUGGUAUACAUAAUUUCUUAUAUCUCAAAAGCAGAGAGAGAAAUAGGAUUGUUGUUAAGUAAUGCACAAAGAGAAGCAGCUGGAGGCAAUGUGAGUGCAAAAGAAGCCUUAAGGAACCUCGGCAGUGUUUACCUGCACAACAGAGAUGUGUGCGCUCAGGAGGCUGUUUACAGGUUGAUACCAAAUUUGCAUCUCAAAGAAUGUUCAAGGAAGGUUGUCUUUGUUCCAACAGGGGACAAUGUGGUCAAAAUGAGUCUGCCUUUAAGUGUAUUAAAGCAAAAGGCUGCAUCACAUGAUCUUACCUCUGAAAACAUUUGGAUGACUAGUUUGGUUGACCGUUACAAGAAUAGGCCAGAUGAUGCUGUGUUUACUGACAUGUGCCUGGCAACUUUUGCUUCUGAAUAUCGUAUUCUGACCAAAAACGAGAAAUCGCAAAUACAGAUUAGAUUGAAAAAUGAUUGUGGAUUUGUCACGAAAAGAAUUAGAACACAGCCUGCUGUUGUUCGGUACAUGCGCUUUUCUGAAACAAAAAACCCAGAAUUAUUUUAUCGUAGUAUCAUGCAGUUGUUCCUUCCCUACCGUGCAGAUGCGCAACUUAAGCCUCCCAAAUGUGAAACUUUUGAACAGUUUUACAAGAAUGGCCAGGUAAGGUUUUUCGAUGGGUCCAGACAUCCUGUCAAGUUUGUUGUUGACACCAAUAGAAGCAAAUUUGAACUUGAAGCAGAUCAGCUGGAUGACAUUCAAAACUCAGUUGAAAGCAAUGGUGCAUUGGAAGAUGCCUGGUGUGAGUUGUGUCCCGAGCAGGAAUUAGAGCGUUUAGAGACUCUGCAAUUGAGGACGCAACAAGAACAGCCAGAUGUGGAACAUGUUGAAUGUAUACCUGAUUUAGCAGUCAAUUGCCCACAAAUUUCCCAUUUAGAAAAGAGAAACAUCUUGUCAAGAAAAGAUGGUUUAGCAUUGAUUCGGUCUUUGAAUGAUACACAACGUUGUAUUUUUUAUCAUAUUCGACAGUGGUGCAUUCAAAAAGUAUUAGGGGAAAAACCAGCACCAUUGCAUGUAUUCAUUACAGGCGGUGCCGGGACUGGAAAAAGCCAUUUAAUCAAGGCCAUCCAGUAUGAGGCAACAAGAUUGUUGUCUACUGUGUGUAGUCAACCAGAUAGCAUUUGUGUUUUAUUAACGGCUCCCACAGGUAUUGCUGCUUUUAAUCUUCAGGCAUCAACAAUCCAUACCACCUUCAGCAUUGGAAAGGAUGUACGCUUGCCAUAUACGCCUUUGGGUGAAGAGAAGUUAAAUUCUCUUCGCGCCAAAUACAAUGAUCUGAAGAUACUAAUCAUUGAUGAGAUCUCCAUGGUAGAUCACAGGCUGUUAACAUACAUACAUGGGAGACUGAGACAAAUUAAACAAACUGGUGAUUUUUCCCCAUUUGGAAAUGUCAGUGUCCUUGCUGUAGGGGACUUUUACCAGCUGCCUCCCGUUAAAGGGAAACCCCUAUAUGUUACUGACGCAGGUGUAAAUUUAUGGACCUCUUUAUUCAAGGUUGUGGAACUGAACACUGUUGUUAGGCAGCAAGAUCAGUUGUUUGCAAAAUUAUUGAACAGAAUCAGAACCCGGUCCAAAGAAACUCCAAUGCUACUCAGUGAUAUUGAAACACUUAAGCACUGUGAAAGUGGUGAAGUCAGCUCAGCGUUGCAUAUCUUCCCGACAAAUAAACAAGUAAAUCAACACAAUCUUCAGGAGUUAUUCAGUACUUGCCCUGAAUAUGUUAAAGUAGAGGCUCAAGAUUUUGUUCAUAACAAGAAAACAGGAAAUCUUGAGUUGAUUAGUGGACAUCAUGCAAAGGCAUACAACACAUGUUUGGAGGAAACUCUACUAUUGGGAAUAAAUGCACGUGUUAUGUUGUGCAAGAAUGUUGAUGUUGUGGAUGGUCUAGUAAAUGGGGUGUGUGGCACUGUGACACAUAUCGUGACCUCAGACAACAAGUUUCCUCAAAGGGUGUAUGUCAAGUUUGAUAAAGAUCAGGUUGGUUCACAGAGGAGGAAACAAUCAGCUACUGCUUCUGUUGAUUUGAUGGCCUCUACAUACAUAGAGCCUGAAGAGGAAAAGAUCACUAGUAAAGGUGGAUUACGCCGGCAAUUUCCACUUAAACUGGCUUGGGCUUGUACAGUACAUAAAGUACAGGGCCUAACAGUAGACAGUGCUGUGGUGUCUUUGAAUAAAAUAUUUUCUGCAGGACAAGCAUAUGUGGCGUUAAGUCGCGUGAGAAGCUUGUCUGGAUUAAUUAUUCAAGACUUUGCAGAAGAACACAUUUAUUGUAAAAACAACAUUAAGGAGGCAAUUCAGAGAAUGCCUCCUUUUAUUGUUGAAUCCGCACCAAGCCAACCACAUACCUUCUCAGUGUUUUUGAUGAAUGUGCAAGGACUGACUGAGCAUGCACCAGAUUUAGCUAUAUGCACAGAGCACUUACAGCCUAACUGUAUUGCGGUAACAGAAACAUGGCUACCAAACCUUCCAGCAUCUGAGAUCAUAAAGAUUGAUGGCUACAGUUUUCACAGCUGUCCACGAACUUUAUCAUAUUCUGGCAAUAAUCCUCUGUUUAAAAAAUUGCAAUCCGAACAACAUGGAGGUGUUGGCAUAUUUAGUGCAAAUAAUGUCAUCUUUGACAUAAUUCAGGUACCACAUUUCAAUUUGGAGUGUGCAAUCAGCAAAUAUGGUCAUCACGAUAUAUUAGUUGCUGUCAUUUAUCGACCUCCAUCUUAUCACAUGUCUUUGUUUAAAGAGCACCUCAGCAGGCUAUUUGAUUUGUUAAAGCCACUAAGUAACACCAUUGCUGUCAUGGGAGAUUUUAAUGAAGACAUUCUAAAGUCCUCGAGCGUCUGUAAAUUUGCUGAAGAUAGGGGGUAUGUUCAACUCGUGACACAGCCCACAACAGAAAGGGGCACAUUGAUUGACCAUGUGUAUGUAAAAACCACACGGUAUGAGGUUGAAACUUCAGUAGUGCCUACCUACUUUAGUGACCAUGAGGGCAUUGACAGUGAGCUUGUUGUGUUCUACAGAAUCAUUCAGCAGGAGCGCAGCGCCCAUCGGAGCGUCUCCUUCACAGAUGCUGCCGUGUCCCUUGGGAUGGCCUUGGCUGCAGCAUCCCCUCCUGACUGUCAGUAA